AUGGAGGCGGCCGGGAGCGGGACCGGGGACUGCGCCUCAGCCCGGGAGGCGGCGGAGGCCCCGGGGUCCCCGGCCCUGCCCGGGCGGCGGGAGGAGGACGAGGAGGAGCGGGAGGCGGCGGGGCCGUGCCGCGGGCGGGCCUCGGGCGGGCGCGGAGCGGAGGCGGGCGGGGGCCGAGGCGGGCGGCGGUGGCGGCCCCGCGUCACGGUGGACAGCUCCAAGGCCAAGACGUCGCUGGAGGCGCUGAAGAUCAGCCUGAGGCAGCUGCGCUGGAGGGAGUUUCCUUUUGGCAGACGCUUGCCAUGCGAUAUCUAUUGGCACGGGGUGUCAUUUCACGAUAAUGAUAUAUUCUCAGGUCAAGUCAACAAGUUCCCAGGCAUGACAGAGAUGGUACGUAAAAUUACACUGAGUCGGGCAGUGAGAACAAUGCAAGAUCUGUUUCCUGUAGAAUAUAACUUCUAUCCUCGAUCCUGGAUUCUGCCAGAAGAAUUUCCCCUCUUUGUGGAUGAGGUUCAGAUGAUGAAAGAGAGCGAUCCAUCCUGGAAGCCCACUUUUAUCGUAAAACCUGACGGAGGGUGCCAGGGGGAUGGAAUCUACCUCGUUAAAGACCCAAACGACGUCAGACUGACGGGAAGCCUCCAGAGCCGGCCAGCUGUGGUCCAGGAAUAUAUUUGCAAACCCCUGCUUGUUGACAAGCUGAAAUUUGAUAUUCGUCUUUAUGUCUUACUGAAAUCUUUAGAACCCUUAGAGAUUUAUAUAGCCAAAGAUGGACUUUCUAGAUUUUGUACAGAGCCCUAUCAAGAGCCCACUGUAAAAAAUUUGCACCAGGUUUUUAUGCACUUAACCAAUUAUUCACUAAAUAUCCAUAGUGGGAAUUUCAUCCAUUCUGACAAUGCAAACACUGGCAGCAAGAGGACAUUUUCAAGCAUUCUGUGCAGACUGUCUUCCAGAGGAGCUGAUGUCAAAAAGGUUUGGUCAGAUAUAAUUUCACUGGUGAUUAAAACAAUUAUUGCACUGACUCCAGAACUGAAGGUUUACUAUCAGUCCGACAUACCGGCGGGAAAGCCUGGGCCAACUUGCUUCCAGAUUUUAGGCUUUGACAUUCUCCUGAUGAAAAACUUGAAGCCCAUGUUACUAGAAGUAAAUGCAAAUCCCAGCAUGAGAAUAGAACAUGAGCAAGAGCUCUCUCCUGGGGUAUUUGAAAAUGUCCCAAGUCCUGUUGAUGAAGAAGUGAAAGUAGCUGUUAUCAGAGACACUCUUCGUCUAGUGGACCCUCAGAAAAAGAAGAGAAAAGAUAUCCAAUCUCAGACUUCAGAGCACGUGUCGGAAACAAAAGAUGAGCUACUGGAUGCAGGACCAGCAGACGGACUGGAAUAUGAUACCAGCAAAACUACGGAGGCAGGCCUGCCUUCCCUUUGUCUCAAGCAGGUGUUUCCAAAGUAUGCUAAGCAGUUCAAUUAUCUGCGACUUGUGGACAAAGUGGCUGCGUUGUUUAUCCGAUUUCUUGGUGUAAAAGGGACAACGAAGUUGGGGCCAACAGGUUUCCGAACGUUUAUAAGAAACUGCAAACUGAGUAACAGCAACUUUUCAAUGGCUUCCGUAGAUAUCUUAUACAUUGAUAUCACGAGAAGGUGGAACAGCAUGGGAAUCGAUCACAGAGAAUCAGGAAUGUGUUUGCAAGCCUUUGUUGAAGCUUUCUUCUGCCUGGCUCAGAAAAAAUACAAGUCACUUCCUCUUCACGAGCAAGUGGCAUCAUUGAUUGACUUCUGUGAGUAUCAUCUGGCUGCCCUGGAUGAAAAGCGCCUGGUGUGUGGACGAGGGAUUCUGGAGCGCCGAAGUGCAGUUGCUACUUGUCAGACUGAAGGACUUCAACUUACAGCAGCUGCACAUACACCCCUCCUAAAGCACAGAGCCACAGCUAGUAAAUUUGCAGAUUAUAGAAAUCAUCGCUAUUAG